CACCGUAUUACCGCGAAACCUUGAGUUUUUUAUUUUAUGCGAAAAUAAAAAAUAGUAAAUUGUACGAAGUUACGAUUGUGCCCUGACCCAGCGAGAGUGAGCCUGCAUAGAGUAGGAGAGAAAGAGACAAGUGCAAACUCCUGAGAAAGUGCGUUCUGAGUAAACUCCCUCUCUCUUCCAAUCACAGAUCCAAAAGCCGGCUAGAGAGAGAAACAGGAGGCUUUGCUUGUCGAAUUGGCGAAGAUGGUGAGCAAAACAGAGGAGACCCAGUUGAACAGGCUCGAGAACCAGGUCGAUAAUGGAGGAGGAGGGGCUUGGGAGUACCUCUGCCUGGUCAGAAAGCUCAAGGUCCGGCGUUCCGAGAAGGUGCUAAAGCAUGGCUUGUCGAUCUUGAACGACAUCAAAAAACGAUCAAGUCUUGGCCCGGACGAAUGGACUUUAUAUGAGCAAGUUGCAAUUGCAGCCAUGGACUGCCAAUGUCUUGAUGUUGCAAAGGACUGCAUUAGGCUUUUACGGAAGUCAUUUCCAGAGAGUAAAAGAGUUGGCAGGCUAGAGGCUAUGUUGCUUGAGGCGAAGGGAGCUUGGGCAGAGGCAGAGAAGGCUUACUCGAGCUUUUUGGAGGAAAAUCCACUCGAUCAAGUAAUACAUAAGAGAAGAGUAGCUAUGGCGAAGGCACAAGGAAAUAUUUCAGGAGCCAUUGAGUGGCUUAAUAAGUAUUUGGAAAUAUUUAUGGCUGAUCAUGAUGCUUGGAGAGAGCUGGCUGAAAUAUAUGUUUCCUUGCAGAUGUACAAGCAAGCUGCGUUCUGCUAUGAGGAGCUGAUAUUAUCUCAACCUACUGUUCCACUUCACCAUUUAGCAUAUGCUGAUGUGCUUUACACACUUGGUGGACUAGAAAACCUUCAGACAGCAAAAAAAUACUACGCAUCCGUUAUAGACUUGACUGGGGGCAAGAAUAUCAGAGCACUUUUUGGUAUUAACUUGUGCACUUCUGCCAUUGGACAGCUUGCAAAAGGAAGGAACAAGGAAGACAAGGAGAGCUCAGAGCUACAAUCACUGGCAGCAACAGCCUUGGAGAAAGACUACAAGCAGAGAGCUCCCGACAAACUUUCCCUGCUUACUACUGCCUUAAAAACCUUGAAAGUUUCAUCAUAACUCCUCUGUCUUUGAAGAAUCUUCGUAUAAUUGCCCCGACUCCGAUAGCAAUAUCAUAGUUAUGUUAAAUGAUUUUUUGCCUUUCUUCUUGGUUUGUGUCUUUUUUCACAAGUCCUUAAUAAGAGGACGUGAUGUAUUCUUUAGGAUGCCAGUGCCACAGUGGCUAACUAGGAAUGUUUGAGUGAGUAGUGAACCACCAUUUCCUUUCACAAUUACUUUCAGAUUUGCUCCUCCCGACUCUCUUUUGUGGGUUUAAUCUUCUAUUUUCCAUUUCUUUUUUUCUACUGAUGCAAUGAAACUAUUAUAUUAGGAGGACAUUGAUGCUA